AUGGGCCAAGCUUCUAGCGUCGGAAAACGAGAAGCCUCUCAAGACAUGGACUAUUGUGACUCUCAUAAAAUUGUGUCAUCACCCAAUGAAGAUGUAUUGCAAAUACAACACGGAGGCACAUCAAGUCCGAAAUCUUGUUCAUCAUCGAUUAAAAAUUCAUCAUCCAUUCCGCAGGUUGAUGAUCAUCAACAACAAGCUCAUCAAAACAGGAAGAAAAACAAAGAAAAACCACCAAAAGGAUUGAAACAUCAAAUUCUAAACGAUGAUGUCAUCUCAAUUAUUUUGAGUUUUUUGGAUGUCAAAAGUCAAUUAUUUGUUUGUGCGAGCUCCAAAACUCUCUACGACAAUUUCAUUCAAAGUAAUUUGUAUAAUAAGUAUUUUUAUGAAUGUGCCGUUCAGCACGCCAUUCCAAGCUUGUUUCCAUUUUGCCAAUCAAGUUAUGAAUGGAUAUCAAAAGAAUGUGAAAAAUUAGAUCAGAAACGAACAGAUGCGUCAUUCAUUGCACACUGUAAUCACUGCGAAAGUUUCAUGUGGCGAAGAUUUAUUUAUUUAUUAACGAGUUCCCAAGUUUUACAAUUUUCAACCAAUCUUGGAGACCUUGUGGUGGAAGAAAAUGGAUAUUUUGCCUCACUGCAGGCUGAGCAUGGAUUUGGUAAUUUCUCAUUUUCACUCAAUUUUUCUGCAGAUUAUUAUCAGGAUGUGGAUUCGUUUCAACGAGAAUAUUUAGUGAAUUGCUUAAUUACACAAAAAAACGAAUCGAAAAACGUUGCUAUUGGACUUGGAGAUCAUCAAGUUCUUGACAUGUCUUCUGAGCAUCGAUUUUUGGGUUAUCCACCAAAUACGCUGUCGUACUCGAGUGAUGGAAAUGUAAAGUUUAACAUAAUUGAAGGUCCGUGCGUUACAUCUCGAUUUCCCUCUUUCAAAGCAGGUGACAUUGUUUCAAUGUUUGUUUCUGUGUAUCCUUUACAGAGAAAUGAGGAAUCGCUUUACAGAUAUCGAGUAUUCUUUUUCCUUAAUGGAGUUUUUUGUGAACAGCAAGCUGUACCAACUGAAUUCGUUUCGCUGUGCCCCUUAUUCCCAUCUUUUACUUUACAUUGCCCGUCUGAUUCUCUGCGACUUCUUUGUAAUCCGAAUUCGUUACCGCCAGGCACAGACCACACAACGACUUCUGAACAACACAAAUUGAAAAUAGUGGUGGAGAAACUGUUUAAGUUUUAUGUGAGAUACCGUUUACAAGCCGACCAUGAACCGAACACGCCUCAAAAUUAA